AUUAUUGUUGUUGAUUCUCCCUGAGUUCUUGCUUUCAUGCUCCCUAUUAUCAUCUUCCGUUAAAAGGAUUAACAUUCCUCGUGAAUGGACGUUGUGGAGUCUGAAGAGUGUGUCUUUGCAGAGGUUUUUGUUCUCGUUAUGGUUCUGAACAUGGUCUUAUAUACAGGUCUGGGCACUUCACGCGUUUCACGUCUCCCAAGUGUGACCCUAAUGAACAAAACAGAUUUAGAUAGGUUAUGGUUGAAAGUGGAUGAAAAAAAAGAAGCGGAUGAUUGCGCGUGCGUGCAAACACAGGUUCCUCCAGAUACUAGCGCCUCAUAUUCCGAACUAAACUCCGAAGUCACAAACAGCACAUUUGAGCACAUCCAUUAUCGCUGAGUGCCCAGAGACCUGUAUAUAAGACCAUGGUUUUGAACGAAGUUGGAAAAUUAGUGCUGGAAUUGGAGAAGGCAGAGUUGGAAGCACCUGGUGGAGUGGCAUCAGCCCAGGCAUAUGCACAAUUACUGGCAGUGUACCUGUACCAAAAUGAUCUAUGUAAUGCAAAAUAUUUAUGGAAACGCAUUCCAGCCAAUAUAAAAAGUAAGAGCACAGAGCUUGGACGAAUUUGGGUGGUAGGGCAGCGGAUGUGGCAGCGCGAUUGGCCUGCAGUACACACGGCCCUCAAUGCGGAAUGGAGCGAGCACAUAUUCUCUAUCAUGAAUGCCUUGAAAGAUAGCGUUCGCGAACGUGCCAUGUCUUUAAUAUCAGAGGCCUACUCGUCCCUGGGGUUGACUGGACUCGCCGCCAUGACAGGAUUAUCUCUGGAACAAGCACGGCAGGCUGCCGUCGAAAAAGGAUGGGGCAUAGACGGGAUGACCGUGCAGCCGUGUAAACUCGACAAGGAACAAUGCCAGACGCAAGCAAGCCUAACAGAGGAUCAGCUCUACAAGCUGACGCAAUUCGUCUCAUUUCUCGAAAAUUGAUCUGAGCUGGUUUGGAAAUUUCAAAAUUGAAAUUCGACGGACUCUUUUGUAUCUAGAAUGCAGCUCGGCGAUAGCGAUCCUUCGGACGAUCGAUCGAAUAUUUGACACAAGAGCUAAUUUUUCUAUUAUGCCUCUAGUUGCCUCAUUAAAUAAUAUUAUUAAGGAA